GUAUUUCCCCGCUGACAGACAUAGAAGGCAUGCACGCGCCGGGACACGCAGAUAAAAGUCGCGUCAGAGCUGUAAGAAGUCUAAGAGACUGAUACUGAGGAUGGACCUGAAACAGAUUCCCAUCCUGCUGCUGUGUCUCGUGUCCGUGUGGUCGUGCAUGCAUCACUCGGAUCAGUGCUGCGAUGAAGAGCAGCUGAUCCAGAGGGUCCAAAGGAAGCUGAAAAACCGGUUCCCGCAGCCGCUGGACCCUCCAGCCGCGGAUGCGUCCCCCGGACCGGCCAAGUGUCCGCUGGAGCUCUACCAGACGCUGCCGGCGCCCGCGGAGCUCAACGCGCGAUCCGUGUCCCCGUGGAGAUACGUAAACGUAAACCUGACGGAUCACUUCCCUUCCACCUACGUGGAGGCGCAGUGCCUUUGUACUGGCUGCAUCUUGUUCCAGGACAACAAGGUGGUGGAGAGCCACGACUACAACUCGGCCACCGUGACGCAGACGCGGAUCUUCCUGAAGCGCGUCCGAUGCCCCAGUGGGAAGGGCUACAAGCUGGAGCCGGUUUCUGUGGAGGUUCCUGUUGGAUGUACGUGUGUCAGGACCAACACCUAACUGGGAGGCCCCUGCAGACCUCAUGAUGCCUUCAUGGUGCCGCCAUGAUGACAUCAUGAUGACAUUAUGCUGCCUUCAUGGUGCACAUUCCAGAUGAUGCUGCAGCUGCACGUCUGACUCAGGCAAGUGUGAGGAAUCACAUCGGUCUGUUGCUGCCACUGUGAGAGACGGAUUCAUGGCUCAACUACUGGAUAACCUUUAUAAUCUUAUUUAUUGUCUAUUUAUUUAUAUAUAAUGUUUGUGUUGGUAGGUCUUGGUUGGCCUGUUAGAUCUUUAUCGUGAUUUGUUUACACCUCUGCAGCAAAUAUAAACUGUAUUUAUAUUGAUGAAUAAUCAUCGAAGAAACAAAUAGCUAUUGUAUAGUUUUAUUGAAGUAGAGUCCAAUUGUAAUUAUUUAUUUAUUUGCUUCUUUUCUUGUCCAGCUCGCAGGAUAAAGAGUGUGCUGUUAUUUUCAUACAUGUUUUCGUCCCAGUGGGACUUCAAGUUCAGCUUCUUUGAAGCAAAGUGUAAACGCCUUCACUUUUUAACACGUGUAAUUCUGAUUCAGGAAUAUUUUUAAUAAUUGAGUCCAGUGAAACGACAAGCAUCGGAUGGUAGCUAAAGCUGUCCAGAGGUUUGAAAUGUUGGUUAGAGA